AUGAAGAACCCGGCACAUGCAACCACCAUCCUGGAGAAAUUCCGGGAAGAACACCCGGAAGUGAGCUAUAUCCGCUUCCAAUGGCAGGACUAUUCAGGUGUGCUUCGAGCACGCGUCCUCAUCUUUGAAUCCGUCAUUGCGCAAGUUGCCGAUGGAAAAUCUAUCCAGGCCGCUGGAAUCGCGUUGGAUUGUACCGUUGAUAAUCACAUCCUUCCUCGGGACCCCCCGAGAGGCAUGCACUGGGCAGUUCCAGAUUGGUCUUCUUUGCGACUAGCCUCCCAUUCUGGAACGGCCAUGGUGAUGUGUGCUUUGAAUUUCACCGUACUGGAUCGCCCUUUAAGCAGCGACUUGUGUCCCCGACAGACGCUAUCAAGAGUACUAGGAGAAGCACGCCAGACCUGGGAAAUAGACUUCCUAGUAGGUUUUGAGGUUGAAUUUGUCGUGAUGAAAAAAGACCAAUCAUCCAAUUCUAUGGUGCGGUGUAGUGACGGCCUGGGACACUUUGCAGUCUCGGGUCUACGAGAUCCGACUUAUAAAUACGUGGAAGAAUGCGUGACUCGACUUCGCGCUCAAGGCGUCAUAGUCCAGGCAAUACACACGGAAGGAUUCCGAGGACAAUACGAGAUUGUUCUAGGCCCGCUUCCACCCAUGCAAGCGGUUGAUCAAUUAAUUCUUGUGCACGACUACCUUAAAGAUACGUUUGCCCGCCAUGGGUAUCAGGUCACUAUGUCUCCCAAGCCUGUGGCUUCAGAAACCCAGGCAAAUGGACAGCAUAUGCACCUCUCCAUUCAGCCUACCACUCCUACCGUUGAAGCUUCAUUUCUCGCGGGCAUGCUGAGGCGUCUGCCUGCUUUGUGGGCCUUCUGCUUGCCACUGGAGACAUCUUACGAGCGACGCAAACCCCGGCUCGCAGGAGAUAGCGUAGGCUGGGGAACACAAUCGCGAGUUGUCCCUAUUCGAAAAGUGGAGCCUGGCCACUGGGAACUUCGCUGCAUUGAUGUCACUGCCAACAUGUACUCCACCUUAGCAGCGGUUCUAGGUGCUGGACUGUUGGGGCUGGCCGGAAACGAGCCACUGAUUUGGCCAGAUUUGGGUAUUCCAGCGAAUCAAGCUUCUUACUGUGGUGAGCCGCUGCCGCGGAAUCUUAAGGAAUCCUUGUCUGUCUUGGAGGCGGAUGAUGGUCUUCUGUCUAGUAUGAUUGGCCGGUCCAUGAUAGACCAUUAUAUUGAGCUCAAACAUUAUGAGAUUGCACAGAUGAAGAAUAUGGAUGCGAAUGCAAUCAGGGAGCUUCUGAUUGAGCUAUUUUAA